AUGAAGCAUAUUACCAUCAUCCACAACCUCGACGCUGGUGAGCAGAUGAAGUUCAGGGAAGACGAAGUACUCGUGCUGAUGGGAAAGAAGAAGGGAAUUGACAUCUGCUUCCAGUAUCGAUCUGUAAAGCAAUUGCGUGACGCUUUCUCGCGGCCAACGCCCAACUUGAAUACAGUCGUUUCAAUGAUUGAACCCCUCUCAUAG